UAGUCUUAACGUUAGCGUGUCAAGUCAGUAUUCUACAAGAUCCUGGCUACAGUCGACUGAAGUCGAUCAGCAUAUGUCUUUACAGCAGAUUACCAUGCAAUUGCAAAUAUGUACCGCAUUCGCAGCUCUGUUUGUUUCACUUAUAGGCAUUCUUUUGCUCGUCGUCAACACUGGAGAUGUCCAAGAACCAGCACAGCUCAUGUAUGGAAUCGUCCUGGACGCUGGAUCCUCUCAUACUUCUAUGUUCAUUUACAAAUGGCCGGCAGACAAGAAGAACGGUACCGGCAUAGUGAGUCAACACAGCGAGUGUCAUGCGAAGGGAGGCGGGAUCUCGAGUUAUGCUGGUAACAAAGGAGGAGCAGCAGGUAGUCUUGAGGAAUGCAUGAAUAAAGCCACGCAGGAGAUCCCAAAAUCAAGACACAAACUCACUCCUGUGUAUCUCGGGGCCACAGCGGGCAUGAGACUACUAAACAUUUCUAAACCCAAAGAGUCGGAUGCGGUUUUGAAGGAAGUGGCAGACAAACUGAAGACCUACCCGUUCAGCUUCAAAGGGGCCACCAUCUUAAGUGGACGAGAAGAGGGAGCUUAUGGAUGGGUCACAGUCAACUACCUGCUUGAGAAAUUUAUUACUUAUGGUUUUGUGGGUCAGUGGCUGUCUCCAGGCAAAGACACGGCUGGUGCGCUAGACUUGGGAGGAGCUUCUACUCAGAUCACCUUUGAAACAAAACAGAUAGUGGAGAACAAGGACAAUCUGAUGAAUCUGCGGCUGUACGGACGAGACUAUAAGAUUUACACUCAGAGUUUUCUGUGUUACGGGAGAAAUCAGGUGUUACUCAGACUGCUGGCGCUUCUGAUUACGACUCAGGGUUCAGAUCGCUCCAUAGUUCACCCCUGCUAUCCUGCAGGAUACAGUACCACCAUAAAGCUGAGCAGUGUGUUUGAUACUCCAUGCAAUAAAAGACCAACUCCUUAUAAACCUGAUGAUGACCUGCAAAUCAAAGGCACAGGAAACUACGAUCAAUGCCUGGCAAACGUUUCUCGUCUCUUCUCUUUUAACAACUGUUCUUAUUCCAGAUGCUCUUUUGAUAAAGUGUUUCAGCCCAACGUUACUGGAAACUUUAUGGCAUUUUCUGCUUUUUUCUACACUCAUUCGUUCCUCCAGAAAGCUGCAGACAUCACCAUCACAUCUCCAGCAGAUUUAGAGGACGCCAUUCAUGUUGUCUGCAACAUGAGCUUUCAGAAGAUGCAGAAUAAGUUUCCUGAUGAAGGGAACCAUUUGAGGGAUUACUGUGCAGAUUCCGUCCUUCUGCGGGUGCUCCUGAUCAAUGGAUAUGGCUUUAGCAAUCUCUCCUUCCCAUACAUCUCCUUUAGGGAGAAAGCUGAAGACACUUCUGUCGGCUGGUCUCUUGGCUACAUGCUAAGUUUAAGCAACUUGCUGCCUGCUGAAAAUGUGCUUGUGAGAAAAACACUGCGUCCAGAUGCCUGGCGUGCUGCCGUCUUCCUCUUUUCAGCCCUUCUUAUUGUGUCUAUAUUUUUUCUGCUGCGAAUCUUCCAAAAGACCACUAAAUUAUGUUGUUAAUCAUUAUGCCCAUUUUUUUUUCUGUUGUUAGGGGUUAUAAAGCUGAAAGUACAUGCAGUAGCUUAUAUGGAAAAGUUUAAACUUUUGUAUUGCCUUUUUUUAAAAUGGUCAAUUCAUGUGUCAUUGUAAUUAUUGUAAAGUAUUAAAUUGAGAUUAAUAUGUAAAGAUCUCUUCAGAAAAAAUAGAACCAGCACAGUAACAUCCCAUCUGGUCUUUAAACUGCAUUGCUUCAACUUCUUAAUGACUUUGGUGAAUGUGGACAUUUAGAACAGGGAAAUGUUUCUUUUUUAAGCCACUUGUGUUGCAUAAACCUCUUAGUUUAGUUUCUGAUCCUCAAUCGGCUAAACAUAACAGUAUUGUGUAUGGAUGACCCACAGUUUAUGAAAGUUCAUCUUUGUAUCUUUAUUACGAAAUUUUGACUUUUUAUUUCAUAUUUUGUUUUCUUUUAUUUUGUCCAAGAAUUGUAUUAAACUCUGGAAUUAAUGUAAUAAAGACAAGUGUAUUAUUUCAACA